CUGCAAGGGUUGCUUACGUACUUUAAGGUACGUACGGUAGCCACCGGUACAAUACAGUAGUGAUGCUGAAAAGCAAACGUUUUUUGAUCCACCAAAAUACUUUCUACUUGUUCUAUCGGUAUUAUUUCGCUGCCUUCAACAAUUUUUGCGUUAGUUGAGAUUUCGAUAAUAUUCACAAGCACACCACCACCACCACCACCACCAUCAUGAUCCAGCAACACCGGCAAUUGUCACAGCGCUUGGUAUCAAUGCCGGCCGCAUUGAUGGUAGCUGCAUCCUAUUUCCUUCUACUUACGCCACCAAUUUCUGCCUUUCUUGUCGGGGGUACAAGCACCGUGCUUUCACGUGGCUCACUCAGCGUUGCGACUUCUUCGCUUCAGAUGACAGCGACCAAUGGCGCCAGAAUCGACCAACACGAAGAGACAAAAGAUGACGACAACUAUGACGUUGUGAAGGUAGAUUUGACAGAUGGACGGGACUACCCCAUUUAUAUUGGAACGUCCUUCACCGACGAACAAAUCAGCGAAACCCUGACUUCUCACAUCCACGGCAAACAAGCUCUGAUAAUCACCAAUGACAAGAUCGCCCCUAUGGGCUUCCUGGAAAAAUACGAGAAGCUGUUGGCCCCGCAUAAAGAAGUGCACACCCUUGUCUUGCCCGACGGUGAAUCAAACAAAAAUCUAGAAAUCUUGCAAUUGAUCCUCGACAAAGCCCUCGAGGAAAAAUUGGAUCGGAAAUGCACACUCAUUGCGUUGGGCGGUGGGGUCAUCGGUGACAUGGUUGGAUUUGCAGCAGCCAUAUAUCAACGGGGCGUUGACUUCGUUCAAAUUCCCACCACCGUUAUGGCCAUGACGGAUAGCAGCGUGGGUGGUAAAACGGGCGUGAACCAUCCACUUGGUAAGAACAUGGUUGGUGCCUUCCAUCAACCGCAGUGUGUUUUCAUCGAUACCGACUCCCUAUCAACCCUUCCAGAUCGGGAACUGCAAAGUGGUAUCGCCGAAAUUAUUAAGUACGGGUUGAUUCGCGAUAGAGAUCUUUUUGAGUGGUUGGAAGUGAACAUGGAAAAACUGUUGAACCGAGACCCGGAAGCAACUCGCCAUGCCGUAAAACGCUCAUGCGAAAACAAGGCCGAAGUUGUCAAGGCAGACGAAAAGGAGGCAGGUGUUCGCGCCACGCUGAAUCUAGGUCAUACAUUUGGACAUGCCAUUGAAAGUGGAUCUGGUUACGGAACAUGGCUGCACGGAGAAGCUGUUGCGAUUGGUACGGCCAUGGCGACGACGAUGAGCGCCCAAAUGGGAUGGAUCGAUAAUGAAUUGGUAAAGCGAACCUACAAAUUGCUAGAAAAAGCUAAACUUCCCACCGACUUACCUCUUGAUUCCCCCAUGAAUCGAGAAAUCUUCUUGAAAUAUAUGGCGGCCGACAAAAAGGUAGCCAACGGUCAGUUGCGAUUGAUUCUUCUGAAGGGAGCUCUGGGAAAUUGUGUCUUCACAGGAGAUUUUGACCAAGAAGCCAUGAUUGAUACCAUUGAUGAGUUUGUUGCAGAAUGUUCCGGCGCACAGUGAGUAACUGAAAUAGCUCGAUUGUCAAAACAAAAGCAUAAAUAACACAUUGAUCAAAGCUCUUCAUAACAGUUUUGCUACUGUGGCAUAUUCAGUUUUAUCCGGGCAAGGUCUCGAGAGUGGAAAACAGUUGAUAGAGAUUAUCAUUUUUGAAUAGGUCGUGAGAGUUGCGAAAGAUUACAAUUGUAUGAGUGCUUGGUGCGGUUAGUUUCCAUCGAGGGAUCAUCCUUCUGAUAACAAUUUCUAAAUGGUGCUAUGUAACAUUUAAUAGCAUUUUCUGGCAUUUUGUUGUGGUGUUUUUGUGUUCAAGAAAAAGUAGUCGUCCCUCAAUGUCUAAUGGAUAUUACUUUAUAUCU